CAAACGUGAAGCUGAUUAUACAAAACUUAAAGAAGAUACUACUAACCUCAAGAUCAAAAACACUGAGCUUGAAGCCGAAGGAAACGAUCGUGAUAAUAUUGAAAGUAGUGUAGAUAUUGCUUCCCAAAUAAGAAUUCAGCAAAAAACUAUUCCGAAUACUCCUUUACUAGCAGAAGAUCUUGACGAUUCAGAUGAAAUUGAGCUGGCUAAAAAUCAGAAUAUAGAACUGGGUUUAAUACAAGAUUUACGGAGUG